UACUACAGGUAAAUGUUAUGUCAUUAACAGCUGUUGAUGUAAAGUUUUUUUUCUUCCUUCACAUUAACGUAUUAACGCAAAAAUGUCAGCUUUACAAAAAUUGACUCCAUUAUUGCUGACAGAGACGGUGGCCAACAGCAAAUAUGCCAUCGCAGCCAUACACACUACGGCUAGUUGUGCUAAAACUCAAUCUGGCCGCUAUCGCAUAACCACAAAACGCGACAAACCCUUAACUUAUGAAAUGGCCAAUCCUCCCCAUUAUAUAGCACAUCGUAAAUCCUGGAAUUCAUGGAAUACUUCCACCAUGCUAGAUGGUUUGCGUCCUUCUCAAACUGCCAUUGAAGACGUGUUCAUACGCAAAUUCAUUACCGGCACUUGGCACUCUUUAGUCUGCUCCGAGGUCAUUAUAAAACGUCAACAUAAUACCAUACGCAUAGCUGCUAUUGUUAGACAAGCGAUAAGUGCUCGUAAAAUGUACUUCCUUAUUGGUUAUACCGAGGAACUGUUAUCAUAUUGGUUACAGUGUCCCGUAACACUUGAAUUGCAAACAGUACAAGAUAAAAAAGAUGUUGUUUUCAAAUAUAUUUAAGUGAAUCGUUAAUAAAUUAAAUUUUUAAAUCUA